AUGGCCUCUUCCGCAGAUAAUGUCGCUCCCAUCGAGAGUAAUGGCGCAAAAAGACACGCCGAGACGCCUUUGCGUAGCGAAGAAGGUUCACGAGGAAAUUACAGGUUCAAGAACAAACGAAUGAAGAACGGCCAUGCCGAGCAAAGCAAGAUACUAAAGACAAACGGUACCAACGAGGAGGUCUUGUUGGAGGAUGUUACUGCGCUCAUCAAAAAAUUCAAGCUAGAAAGAGAAGGCAAAGAGACGUCAACGCAACUACCUGAAAAGUUCAAAGAAAUUACUGUCGAGAUCAAGGAAAUAUCAUCUACCGGAGAUGGUCUUGGAUUUCAGCAAAAUUCAAAUUCGGACCAAGUCUUUGUUGUACCUUUUAGUGCGCCUGGAGAUGUUGUGACCGCACGUCCGCACAGGCAUUUCGAGAAGGAAAAAUACUCCAUGGCCGAUUUUGUCAAUGUUGUUACGCCCUCAGAUCACCGCGACUCUUCUCUGAUAAAGUGCCCCUACUUUUCCUGCUGUUCGGGUUGCCAAUUUCAGAUGCUGCCCUACGAUUUUCAAUUGGAACACAAAAAGUCCAUCGUUCAAAAAGCUUACAAAAACUUUUCCAACCUACCACCUGAGCUCGUUCCGACUAUUGGCGAUACCAUUGGGUCACCCUUGCAAUACGGAUACAGGACGAAGCUCACGCCGCACUUUGAUGGUCCACCGGAUGCUCGUCGAAGCGACGGCCGAAAUGGUAUCAGACGUACAUUCAAAGAGGUACCGCCGAUUGGCUUCAUGAAGAAAGGAACCAGAACCACCAUCGACAUAGAAGACUGCCCCAUCGGUACGGACGCCGUGCGCGCAGGCAACAAGCGCGAGCGCAAACGUGUUGCUGAUACCAUCGACAAGUACAACAAAGGCGCCACCAUCCUCCUCCGCGAAAGUACCACCCGGAUACCUAAAUCCGAAUACGACGCUACCAAAGAAGAAGACCCAGACGCAGUCAUCGAAGACCGAGGCGACUAUAUCCACCGCAAGAUAUGCAUAACAGACUCCAAUGCCAAAUCCACCGAAUACGUCGACGACUUCCAAUUCGUCAACCCGGCAGGCUCCUUUUUCCAAAACAAUAACAGCAUCCUCCCCGUCUUCACUCAGUACAUCCGCGAGCACAUCUUACCUUCUUCUCCCAACCACAAAAUCAGCCACCUGAUCGAUGCAUACUCCGGCUCGGGUCUCUUUACAAUUACGCUAUCGAGCCAAUUCAAAACCUCGCUAGGCAUCGACAUUUCCUCGUCGAGCAUCGAGUCCGCAACAACCAACGCGCGUCUGAACAAUUUACCUGAAAGCUCCGCACGCUUCAUCGCUGCAGAUGCUGCGCGUCUCUUUGCAUCGAUUGAGACUCCUGCUGACGAAACAGUCGUCAUGAUUGACCCCCCACGAAAAGGCUGUGAUGAAUCUUUUCUGCGGCAGUUGGUGCAAUAUGGGCCUGCGAGAAUUGUCUAUGUGAGCUGUAAUGUGCAUACGCAGGCCAGGGAUGUCGGUGUUUUGGUUGGUGGCAUGAAGGGCGUGGAUGGUGGGUUUGGAAAGGGAGAAGGGUGCUAUGAGAUUGAGAGCCUGAGGGGAUUUGACUUUUUCCCUCAAACGGGGCAUGUAGAGGGUGUUGCUGUGCUGACUAGGAAGACGAUGGGAUCGGUUGGAGAAACUAAUGGGGCACAGAGUGGUGAGGUGACGAUGGAGUAG